UCAACUACUGGCAACAAACUCACAAUUCAAUGUAACCUAAGGACACAUCGGUCAUCGUUAAGUUAAAAUUGUCUAAAUUGAAGCAUAUAUAUUUUUAUACUUUUUGGCCAACAAUGUUCUUUGAGUUGUAGUUUGCUCAUGUCAAGGUCGAAACAAUUGAAUUUGGUUGCUAAAUUUUGUGCUUUUAUCGAUAAGAACGAGAAGAACUGGACGAAAACUGGAGCGGUGCUCAUAUGGCAAAAAAUAGUGGUUAAUAAUAACAGCGACAUCAAUAAGAGCAGCAGCAGCAGCGAAUAACGAUUGCAAUCGCAGCUUUCACAAGGGUUGAUUGCGUCUGGUGACCAAAAUCAGUUGACUUGAAAACUUCGAAGCGUUCGGUUGCAGUCCUCAGUCGCGUUUCUUCUCCAUCAAUUCCAGUUUUAGCAAACUUCUCACGCACACCGCACACACACACACACACUCACCAAUACACCAAUACACCAACAAACAUACACAAACAGAGACACAACGAAACAGAGCCAGACAGAACCACCGACUUUUUGCUCAUAUUUCAACAGAGUUGUUCUCCGCUCUCUUGGGGUGCCUCCUGUGUGCACCAAUACAAAGUUACUGUUAUUUUAUAUUGUUUGGAGCUGUGUGUUGUGGAGCGCGCUGUGUGUAUCCACUUUGGCCUACGUGUGUGCCUGUGUGUGCGUGUGCUUUUCCGUUCUCGACGUUCUCCUUCCACACACAAAAAAGGAGCCCCGCCUCCCCAACACCCCCGUUUGCACGAAUACAUACAAUAAAAAACACACACAAACGCAUACAUACGUUUACGUCUGGGAAACAACUGACUAACUAGCUAACCAGCCAACAACAACAACAACAACAACAACAACAACAACAACGACAACAACAGCCACACCAAAUCAAGAUGGCCGAAAAUUGUCCCAAAUGCAAGAAACAAAUCAACUCGAAAGAGGCUGGAUUCAUAAUAUGCAAUUCGGAUGACUGCCGUAAGAAAUACCACCGCACGUGCGUCAACAUUGACGAUGCCGUCUACGAUGUAAUCCAAAAGAAUCCAAUGAUUUCAUUCAACUGUGAUGAGUGCAAAAAUCAAUCGCCCAAGGCACUGGCCCGCAUCGAGGAGAAGGUGAACAAGGUGUGCAACGGCGUCAAUCAGAUACAGGGACGUAUGUAUCAGCAAUAUUUCCAGUUUGGCAAUCAGCCGGCUAACAAUCUGGACGGGAAAAAGCAUCCACAGCAGAAUAACCUGAUUGUGGUGGGCAACAAUUGCAAUUCGGAUCGAUUGCAGGUUGUCUGCGACUACGGACGUUGGGUUCAGGUGGGCAAAUUUGCCACCAACACUAGCGAGGAGGAUGUUAUCGAUCAUUUGGCCGAGGAGCUAAAGAUCAAUAAGAAUCUAGUCAAAUGCACCAAGCUGGUGAAGAAUGAUGCCAAUCUAUCGCAGUUGUCUUACUGCAAAUUUAAGAUAUCCAUUCCGGAUUAUCGUUUCAAUGAGCUCUUCAAUGAGGCAAUUUGGCCCAGUGGUGUUAUGGUUAGUCCCUUUACACCCCGUUCUCAGCUGAAUCAGAAUCGCAUAUAAAGGGAGAGAGAGCCGGCAAGCAGUGAGAGGGUGAAACAGUGAGCAGACUCAGCGAGAAUCCACAAACAGAGAGACGGCGCAGCUGCACAGGAGACCACCAGAAAGAAUACACAGAGAAAGAGCGAGAGAGAGAGUUAGAGAACUAAAAAGAGAGAGCGCCAAAGAUAGAGGGUGGCUUGCCGGUUGGAUAUCAUGCACAUUGCGGGGGUGAUAAUAAUGAUGUUACAUAUGUAGUGUGUGCUCCCAUUGUAUGCAGUUUUUUUUUGUUUUUUGUUUUUCUUUUACACUUGAAAACUUUGUCAAAAACUUUCGCAAAGCUCACCAUACAGACAAAAUCAUAAAUUAUGAAUUGAAUUAAAAUAUAAAAAUGCA